CAAUUUUAUGAUUCAAAAUCUGUGUGUCUCAGUCUCUGUUUUCUAAGCUCUUCAUAGUUUAUUAUAUAUAGCAUUACAUACAUACAUACAUACAAAACACAUACAGAGGAAAAAUGGGGAAGGUAGUGGUGAGUGCAGCAGUGAUAUGUGCGGCAGCGGUGUGUGCGGCAGCAGCUGCGGUGGUGGUGCGGCGGCGUAUGCAGAGGACGAAAAGGUGGGAGAAGGCCAUGGCUAUAGUGAAGGACUUUGAGGAGAAGUGUGGGACCCCAACUUGGAAGCUGGAGAAGGUGGCUGAUGCCAUGACUCAGGAGAUGCACGCUGGGCUUGCUGCCUCUGAUUCUCAAGGUGCCCCUACCAUGCUCAAGAUGCUCAUCACCUAUGUCAGCAAUCUCCCAUCUGGAGAUGAGAAGGGAUUGUUUUAUGCGUUGGACCUUGGAGGAACAAACUUCCGUGUGUUGCGGGUACAAUUGGGAGGGGGAGCUGUUGUUAAUCAAGAAGUUUCCGAGGUGUCCAUUCCUUUGGAUUUGAUGGUUGGAACUUCAGAGGCACUAUUUGAUUUUAUAGCGGCUGAACUUGCAAAAUUUGUCGACCAAGAAGGACCAGAAUUUCAACUUCCUCCUGGUAGGCAGAGGGAACUAGGCUUUACCUUCUCGUUCCCUGUGAUGCAAUCAUCAAUUGCCUCUGGGAAUCUUAUUAAGUGGACAAAAGGCUUCUCUAUAGAUGAUGCGGUUGGCCAAGAUGUUGUGGCGGAAUUAACACGAGCAAUGGCGAGAAAAGGCCUUGAUAUGCGUGUGUCAGCUCUGGUGAAUGAUACAGUUGGGACAUUAGCUGGAGGUAGAUAUUCCAACAAGGAUGUUGUUGCUGCUGUUAUCUUAGGUACUGGAACAAAUGCAGCAUAUGUGGAACGUGCAAAUGCAAUACCAAAAUUACGUGGUCUUCUGCCUAAAUCUGGAGAGAUGGUCAUCAACAUGGAGUGGGGUACCUUUUGGUCAACAGACCUUCCAUUCACAGAGUAUGAUUAUGUACUUGAUGCUGAGAGUUUGAACCCAGGUGAACAGAUGUUUGAGAAGAUAAUCUCUGGUAUGUAUUUGGGAGAAAUUGUUCGCAUAGUUCUAUGCAAAAUGGCUGAAGAAGCUUCCUUUUUUGGUGACGUCAUUCCACCAAAACUAAAAAUUCCAUUCACAUUAAGGACACCUGACUUGUCAGCAAUGCAUCAUGACACAUCCAGUGAUCUUAAAGUGGUGGAUACUAAAUUGAAGAAUAUUUUAGAGAUAUCUAAUACCUCCCUCGAAAUGAGAAAAGUGGUCAUUCAGCUCUGCAACAUUGUUGCAACACGUGGUGCUCGUCUUGCUGCUGCUGGGAUCUUGGGCAUUCUGAUAAAAUUGGGAAGAGAUAAAAUCAAGGAUGGGGAGAAACAAAGGACAGUGAUAGCCUUAGAUGGUGGAUUGUAUGAGCAUUACGCUGAAUAUCGCAAGUGCUUAGAGAAUACCCUAAAAGAAUUGCUUGGAGAGGAAGUCUCAGAAAGCAUUGUCAUUGAGCAAUCCAAUGAUGGGUCAGGUAUAGGAGCUGCCCUUCUUGCUGCCUCUCACUCACAGUUCCUUGAAGUAAAUAAAUCCUAAGAAUUAUAUUCAGAAUCAUAGAGUUCAAGAAAAUUCACUUUAUCUCUCUUACAUAAUUACCUUUUCCUUUUUUCUUAACCCAUUUUUCACCUCUUCCGCAUUUGUAUCAAUUAUGAGUUUUCUGUACUAUUUACCCUUCCUCCUGUUGUAGUUUCGGAGGUUGAUUGAUUGAAUUUUUGGAUUAUGGCUUUUUUCCUUCUUUCUUAAUCCUUUUUUCACCUCUUCUACAUUUGUAUCAAUCAUGAGUUUUCUGAACAUUUUAUCCUCCUGCCUUUUUUGUUUAGGAGGUUGAUUGUGUGAAUUAUUGGAUUAUGAAUUUGCAAAAUAUGUAAUAAAGGUGGAUUGGUUGUAUAAAA